UGCGCAUGCGCGGAGUGCGAGCGGCGCGCGAGGUCGGCUCAUCCCCCCAGCGACGCGGGGGCAGCAGCGACUCGACAGGGGGCGGGGGGGGUCCCAACUCGUGUAAGAGCAACGCCUGGCGAGGAGAGGGGGGGCGGAGGUAGAGAGUGAGGGAAGGGGGGGGCGAGCCCCUUAGCUACCCCCGGGUCACUGCUCCUCCACACCGGGGAGGCUGGAGCCGCGCCGCGCGCGAACCGCCACGGAGGAGACGGAGCGCGGGCGAGGCGUGAACGUCAAGUCCCGAGCGACCCCCCCCUCCACCCUGGCCGCCCCUCGCCCCAUGCACCCCCCGAUGGCUUCGCAGGAACCCCGCCGGGAUUCCCGGAUCCGCGCUGCGGCGGAGGAAGCUCGGCGCUGGGUUGAGGCCGUGACGGGGGUCAGCUUGGAAGGCGUGGAUCUUCGCUGCGCGCUGCGGGACGGGGUCGCGUUGUACAGACUCGUCAGCGCGCUGGUCCGCGAGCACGCUGAGUGGAACCCCCUGGAAGAGCCAGAACCCCUGGAGGAGCAGGGGUUCCACCGCGCGUUCCGGAGCGGCUGUGCACGCCUCGGAGUGCGGAGCUCCCAGCUGUUUGACCCCUGCUGUGACCUGAACGUCGAACCCCUCACGGAAGAGGAUCAGGAAGAGGAGGAGGAAGAGAGGAGGCUGAGGAAUGUGCUGACCACCAUCUACUGCCUGGGAAGAGCAUCCGAGAGCGUCAGCGGUGUCCCCCGUCUCGACGAGGGGGUCUUCACAGGGGUCCUCACGGGGGCUCUGGGCGAGGACCCGAGCGUCACCCGCCCCCCACCGGGGCUCCACCGCGACCCGGAGUCCCCGGGCUCCCCACGACCCCCCGCGGCGUCGCACGCUCGCGGCCGCUCCUACGGCUGCGAGCGGAGCCCCUCGCCCGCGGUCCCCGGCCACCAGGCGCCGAGCGCCCCCGCGGCGUCAGCGAGACCCGACGCGGCCCGGUGGGGCGACGACGACGACGACAUGUCUGCCAGGCGCUCCUCCUUGGGCUCCGAGCCGCGACCAGCCUUGCCCUUCAACCAGUUCCUCCCGGGCAAACAGACCCAGAGUCAGCCCGCGGGGCAGCAGCAGCAGCAGUCGGCGCCUCCAGGGCAACCCGCGCACAUCCCCGCGCCGCUGCGCCGCAAGCGCGCGGACGUGAGGCCGGAGGAGGCGACGCGGCAGCCCGAGAGACCCGGAGCGCCGGGGGCGAGGGUGGGGGCCGGUGUGGGGCCUCCUUCCCCGGGGGUUAGCGGGGACUGGCGGCUGGCGCCCGCGUGCGAAAGCGGCUCCGAGUCGGAGGGCGAGGUUCGAGACCCGGACCUGGAACGUGACGACCUGGCGGUGCGCGCUCUGCACGUGGCCGGGAGGAGCCGCGGGUACACGGGGCCCGUGGCGCUGCCCCACGCCGGUCCCCGCACCGUGGGGCCCUUCUGCGGCGGCACCGGGAGCGUGACCCCGACGCCCGGAGGAGCGACGAGCGCGGGGGGCCAUCCGGCAGCAGCAGGAGCAGCAGCAGCAGGAGGAGCAGCAGCAGCAGCAGGAGGAGCCGAGGAAGCUCCCUGGCAGUGGGACUCUGAUGAUGACGAGGGGGACGAGGGGGAGUUGGCGGGGGAGCGCGUCGACGGCAGCGGCGGGGGCGGCCAGCGGAGGAGACGGGCCCUGCCGGACGUGCGCAAGGACGACCUCGUCUCGCGGCGCGCGCAGCGGCACGACGCGGCGCACGGGGCCCCCGCCGUGCCGCCCGCCCGCUUCGUGCCGGCCUCCUCGUGCCCCGAGGACGCGCGCCGCUGGGACGACAUGCUGCAGGCGUCGCGUCGCCUGCGCGAGCACGCCAUCCAGCAGCUGCAGCUGCAGCGCAGCGGCAAAGAAGGGGCCGCCGAGGGAGACGCCUCUCACGGGGGGGGCAGCGGCCCCCCAGGCCUCUCUCCCGAGGGGGAGCCCGCGGCCGCGCCAGCCCAGGCCCCGGCCCCAGCUGGGGGCCCCCGGAAAGUCGUGGUGCGGCCAGACCCCGAGAGAGACGACCUGGCCAGGCGCAAAGCGCAGGUGGCCCGAGGAGGCCCCGGGCCGCACGGCCCCCCCAACGCGUGCCAGGCGGGGGCCACGGACGCCGACCUCCACACUUGGCAGCGCCUUCAGUUUUCGGGAGAGGCGGCCAGCCAAGGGGACGCGGCCUCCGCCGCCGCCGCGCUUCAGGUCGUGGACGCGGAGGUGGCGACGCGCGACGACCUGGCCAAGCGCCGGGCGCGGGCCCCGAGCUCCGGGCCCCAACCGCAGCUCCUCUCCUCGGGGCCCAUGUCCCGCAAGGACCUGGAGCGGUGGCAGAAGCUUCAGAUCGCCCACGAGGGAGACGAAGGCGGCCGCGGUGGGGAGGAGGUGGAGAAGGAGGAAGAGGAGGCGGGCGCGGGCGGGGAGAAGCAGGCAGCGCACGGCAAGGCCUCGGGGCCGCACUCGCACGUCAGCAGCGCGGGGGCCAUGUCGCAGAAGGACCUGGAGCGGUGGCAGAAAUUGCGGAUCACGAGCGAGAAGGACGAGGAGGAGGUGGAGGAGGCGGCGAAGAAGCACGCGGGGGAUGAGCCAGUUGCAGCGACAGCGCCUCCGGUUGCACACAAACUGCAGCCGCAGCAGCAGCAUCCGCAGCAGCUGCAGCAGCAGCAGCAGCAGAAAGCGCCAGGGCAGCACCCCAAGGUGCCGUCGGGCCCCAUGACGGAGAAGGAUCUGAUCAGGUGGCAGCGGCUGCAGAUCUCCCGGCAGGAGGGCGAGAAGGGGGCGCCCCUCGCCGAUCCCGGCCCCGAGAAGGACCCGCACGCGGCCGCGAGCCCGGCCAGCGGCGGCACGGGAGCGCACCACGCGCAGUUCGUGAGCGCGGGCGCCAUGACCGAGAAGGAUCUGCUCAAGUGGCAGCGCCUGCAGAUCUCCAGAGAGGAGGAGGAGCAGCAGCAGGAGGAAGGCAGUGGGCAGAGAGACGAGGGCAGAAGCGGCUGCUCCGCCACUGUGAGCGACAAACCCAGGGCGCCCGCCUCCUCCUCCUCCUCAUCCACGGGGAAGUUCGUGGGCACGGGGGGCGGCAUGACCGAGAAGGAUCUCCUGCGGUGGCAGAAGCUUCAGAUCGGGAGAGGAGAGGAGGGCGACGCGGAGGUCGAGGGACGCGCCGCCGCCUCCCCGGAGCCGGCGCAGACGACGCGGCCCGCCCAUCCCCAGCCUCACAGCGCGCCGAGCACGACCCCGCAGAAACCAUUCGUGAGCGCCGGGCCCAUGAGCGAGAAGGAUCUGCUCAGGUGGCAGAAGCUCCAGAUCGUCAAGGAGGAAACGGACGAGGAGGAAGCGGCGGCGGUGCCAGUGCCCCGUGACACGGGGACUCAGGCGGCCGCUCCUGCAGGGGUUCCUGCAGCUUCCCAGCAGAAGAAGUCGCUGCCCUAUUCUCAGCAACAGCAGCAGCAACAGCAGCCGCAGCAACAGCAGCAGCAGCAACAGCAGCAGCAACAGCAGCAGCAACAGCAGCAACAGCAGCAGCAACAGCAGCAGCAGGCACCGCGCCCGGAGCCCGAGAGCAGCGCGAAAGGAGCUCUGAUUGGCACCGCGUGGAGCAAAGGCGUCGCCUUGCCGAGACUCGAGAUCCCUCCGGGGUGGGAGAGGGAGAUGCAAGCGGCGAUGGGAGGAGGCUCCCCCGAUGAUUGGAAGUUCCUGCUCUACGAAGAGAUGAGGAUGAGCGAGGGGGACCAGGGCGAGGGGCCCGAGCCGCACAGCCGGCAGCACCACGAGGAACUGCAGCGCGUCCACGCCAUGCUGAGAGAGGACCAGGAGCGCUGGCAGGAGGACCUCGCCCGCUGGAAGAGCCGGAGGCGCAGCCUGUCCCAGGAGCUGAUCAAGCGCAAGGAGGAGCGGGAUGAGCGCGAGCGGGGCGGAGGAGACGGGGAGAGCAGCAGCCGCCUGCGCAGCAUCAAAACCUACCGCGAGAUGCUGCAGGAGAAGGCCCGGCGCGAGCGCGAGCUGCAGGACGCGUACCGCCAAGCGCGCUCCGCGGAGGAGGCGCGGGAGAUCCUGCGCCACUACCAGGAGCGCUUCCUGCAGGACUUUGCGGGCGAGAGCUACGAGGCGCCGGCCUUCCUGCACCCCCAGCAGCCGCAGCAGCCGCAGCAGCCGCAGCAGCCACAGCAGCCGGGCCGAACGCCGGGGGCACCCCCACACGGGGACGCGCAUCCCGACGCGCCCCCGCGCCCGGGCGUUCCCUUCCUACGGCAACGCUCCGAGCCGUGCCCCCCCCCGGGCGGCGGUCCCCCGAGCCGCUGGCCCGGGGGAGAGGCGCGCGUAGGCGGCGCCGCGCCGGCCGCGGAGUCGCCCUCGACAACUCCGGGGCACGCGCCCACGCCUCCUCCUCGCUCUUCGUUCGCGAAGGGCGCCCCCGCCCCGGGGGACGCGGCGGUGGCGGCGGCCGAGGCGGCGUCGGAGGCGCGAGGGACGCGGAGCGCAGCUUCGCCGGUCCCCGCGGGGUCCCCCGCGGGCGGUCCCGGGUCUCCGGGGUCCGCGGCCGCGCGCGCCGCCGCCGCCUCGUCCUCUGCGGCGCGCCUCCUGCCCGUGUUCGCGCCGCGUCCCUACCGGGCACAGCCCGUGAAGCUGCAGGCCAUGCUGCGCUACCCCAAGACGGGGGAGGAGAGCUCGGCUCCGAACGGGAACGAGGCCAAGGGGCAGGGCGCGGCCACUCACGGCGCCCGGGGAGCCGUGAUCCCCCCCUGGGAGGCGCCCCCCGCGACGGACGCGGGCGGCGCGGGCAGCGCGGGGCCCCGGAGCCCCGAAUCCCGGACCCCCGCGACCCCCGCGGCGUCCGCUGGGAUGUGGAUGCCGCCGGCGGGAGGGGUCACCGCGAGCGCGCUCGGCUCCCUGUGUUUCUGUGUCCCUGUGUCUGUGAAGAGUCCGUAUCGCGAAGCUGGACCAGCCAAUGGACUGGGGACCAAGGGGCAGAGAGACGGCGGAGCCGGCGUGACGGGUGGCGGAGUCGGCGUCGGCGGCGCAGACGGGCCGGUCGCGCGGAUGGGCAAUUGGACCUGGGACCUGGAGGCGGAGAGGAGUCGGCAGGAGCGCUGGCAGCAGGAACAGGAGAGGCACCUCCAGGAGCGCUACCAGCAGGAGCAGCAGAAGCUGCGCCAGGCGUGGGAGCGCUCCCAGCGCGAGGUGGAGGAGGAGGAGAGGAGGUACCACGAGGAGGAGAAGCGAAUCCUGGCAGAGACGAUCGUCCCCCUGACCCCGCACGCUCUGCUCGCCGCCCCUCCCGGCGCGACUGCCAAGUCGACGCCGACCCCGCAGAGCCGCGCCCAGCCCCCCGCGUUCCACAUAGAGACGCGCGGGAAAUUGUCCUCGCUUCACGGGGGGGGCAAGGUGGCGGGGGACCCCCCUCACGCGGGAGGGGGGGCUCACGAAGCCAAGGAGAAGACGGAGAAGGAGGAGAUGGAGUGCGCCGAGCAGCACAACAGGGACGAGCUGCGACGCCAGUUCGAGGAGCAGAAGCGGUCCCUGGAGGAGCAGGUGAUGAGCUUCGAGGAGGAGGAGGAGGAGAGGAGGAGGAGGAAGUGGCAGGAAGAGACGAGGACGUGGAAGGAGGCUCCGGGGGGCGCCGGGCAGGUCGCGGUGGGCGCCACGGAGGGCGGCGAAGAUUGUCAGCAGUCGGUGCUACUCAAGGCGAUGCCGGGGGGAGUGGCGGGCACGACCCCCACCCCGCCCCCCGAGCGGGGGUCAGCGCCGACGUCUCCCAGCAGGUCCGUGAGCGGCAGGAAGCUGUGCACGGCGUGUGGGUGCCCCCUGGGGAAAGGCGCCGCGAUGAUCGUUGAGUCCGUGGGUCUCUACUACCACAUGGAGUGCUUCAAGCCGGGAAACCCACGGCCGUGUGACGAGCGGGGAUCUCACCUGAACCCGGCCCUCGAUCCAGCUCCACGUGAUCCAGCUCCAGCGGAUCCAGCUGAUCCAGCUCCGGCCGAUCCAGGUCCAGCUGAUCCAGCUCCAGCUGAACCAGAUCCACCUUUACCAGACCCUCUCCUUGACCUGGCUCCAGCUCCACUUUAUCCAGCGCUUCUCUCGGUUCCUCCUGGCCCAUCUACUCCUGGCUCAUCUCCACCUGGUACAUCUCCACCUGCCUCCAUCUCCACCUCAUCCGCCUCCACCUAAUCCGCCUCCA